AUGAAGGGCCCUUGCGAUGUGGCAGCGGUCCCAGAGAAAGAGCAACAAGGUGAGAACUGUGGGCUUUGCUCUACAUUUCAGGUCGUGGACCUUCCCAGCCACAAGCCUGUGGCUGCCGGCGAUAUGGUGGUGGUCAAGGCCCAGGGGCCCAGAUCCCGGACGGCAGCUGGCGACACUGGUACCUUCAGUCUUGGCCUUGUGGACGAAACGGGUCCUGGAGACUAUCGCCUUUGCUGGUGUCAGGGCAGUCGGCGGCCCUGCACUACGGCAGAGGACUUCAAUUUCGAUGUUGGCAAGCUACACAUUGCCGCUGCGGACUACGUUUGGCCGCUUUGCACCUUUCAGGAAUCCGUGUUCAGAAGCUGGCGGGACUGGCAGACCUUUGACGACUGCUGUUGCAACUACGAUGAAGCAGGCGCAGUUGGAUGCAAGGACGAGGCUUCCUACACCUACAAGCUUUGCGCUGCUUAUCCGCUCCGCUGA